GGAGACCCCAAUGUGGAUGCAGAGGCGCACCACGACACGAUGGAGGGUGAUUGCGAUUCUAAUGAAGCUCCACGAGACGACGGGAGGGAAAGCACUAUCAAGUGGCGCGCUGUGCGCUGCUCUCUCUCUGCUCUCUGCGUGCGCGUCAACCCGCUCUGCCCGCUCCCCGUGCUGCUGCAGCACCAUUUGGAGUCUAUCGGGCAGCCGUACCCGGUGCCGAGGGUGGAGUGGUGGAGCAGAGUGGGGGGAGAGGAGGUGGUGGUGAGUGGGUGGGGGUGGGAGGAUUGGCGGGUGGAUCAGCCGUUUUCCUGGCAAGGGCUCGUGCUGACUGCUCCUGAUGGUGUGGCUGGUGCUGGUGGUGAUGGUGGUGGUGCUGCUGCUGCUGCUGUUGAUGCUGUUGCUCCGGAUGCUGGUUUUGCUGCUGGUGAUGCUGCAGCAGGUGAUGAUGCUGCUGCUGCCGGUUGUGCCAUGGGGGGGAGUGGCAUGGGAGCGGAUGGCAUGGAUGCGAAUGUAAGGAUUUGCAAUGGCAUGCAUGGCAACAGCGCGCCCAUCAACCACAGGGAUGCGGAUUGCAGGCAGCGGAACGAUCUCCGUGCUGCUGGUGCUUCUGCUGCUGGUGGUGCUGGUGGCAGGUGUGCAUUGGAUGUGCACGGUGCUGGUAAGCCGCCCUUCACACCUGCCAAUGCAGCCUGCUGUGCCUCCUCCCCACCGCCUUCACUCCCUGCCCCUCUGCCCUCAUGCGCGAGCGGCAACGGGGGUGGGCCUGGAGGGAGCAGCACUGGUGGUGGGCUCAGGAAACAGUGUUGUUGUGGUGGGCACAGGGAACAGUGUUGUUGUGGUGGGCUCAGGGAACAGGGUUGUUGUGGUGGUGGUGCUGACAGGGAUGCUGCUGCUGCUGUCGGCGCUGCUGCUUCUGCAGGUGAUGCUUUUGCUGCUGCUGCUGGCGAUGCUGCUGCUGCUACUGCUGGUGAUGCUCCUGCUGCUGCUGCUGCUGCUGCUCUUGCUGGCAGCAGCGGCAGUGGUGGCAGCUGCAAUGGCAACAGUGCUGAAGCGAUCUUGCAUCUCCCUGGAGUGACUGUUGCCCCUGGUGACGGUUCUUCUGAAGGGGAGGUUGAACGAACGGUGGUUGAGUGUGAGGAAAUCCGAGGAGGGGAGGAUGGGGGAGACGGGGAUGGGGAAGAGGGGGACGUGAUAGAGUGGGGAGGGGGAGAGGGGGACGUGAGAGAAUGGGGAGUGGGAGAGGUGGAAAUGAGAGAGCGGGAAGCGGAGGAUGGUGCAUUGGAGGAGGAGGAGGAGAAAUAUUUGGAGGAGAAAAACGAUUUAGUGGAGGAGGAGAAGGAGUUGGAAGAGGAGGAAAAGGAAUUGGGGGAGGAGGAGAAAAAAUUGGGGGAGGAGGAAAAGGAAUUGGAGGAAAAGGAAUUGGAGGAAAAGGAAUUGGGGGAGGAGGUGAAAGAAUUGGGGGAAAAGUUGAAGGAAUUGGGGGAGGAGGAGAAGGAAUUUGAGGAGGAGGAGAAGGAAUUUGAGGAGGAGAAGGAAUUGGAGGAGGAGGAAAAGGAAUUGGAGGAGGAGGAGAAGGAAUUUGAGGAGGAGGAGAAGGAAUUUGAGGAGGAGAAGGAAUUGGAGGAGGAGGAGAAGGAAUUUGAGGAGGAGAAGGAAUUUGAGGAGGAGAAGGAACUGGAGGAGGAGGAAAAGGAAUUGGAGGAGGAGGAGAAGGAAUUGGAGGAGGAAAAGGAAUUGGGGGAGGAGGAAAAGGAAUUGGGGGAGGAGGAGAAGGAAUUGGAGGAAAUGGAAUUGGGGGAGGAGAUGAAAGAAUUGGAGGAAAAGGUGAAGGAAUUGGGGGAGGAGGAGAAGGAAUUUGAGGAGGAGGAGAAGGAAUUUGAGGAGGAGAAGGAAUUGGAGGAGGAGGAAAAGGAAUUGGAGGAGGAGGAGAAGGAAUUGGAGGAGGAAAAGGAAUUGGGGGAGGAGGAAAAGGAAUUGGGAGAAGGAAUUGGAGGAAAUGGAAUUGGGGGAGGAGAUGAAAGAAUUGGAGGAAAAGAGGACGAGGUGAAAGAGGAGGCGAAGGAGGAGGAGGAGGAGGAGGAGGAGGAGAAAAAGGAGGAGAAAUUCGAGGAAGAGAAAGAAGGGGAGGAAGAGGAGGAGAAACAGGAGGAGGAGAAAGAUGAGGAGAAAUUAGGGGAGAAAGAGGAGGAAGAAGGGGAGAAAGUGGAGAAGAAAGAAGGGGAGACAGAGGAGGAGAAGGAGGAGGAGAGACAUGAGGUGAAAGAAAAAGAGAAAACGGAGGAGGAGAAUGAGGAGGAGGAAGACGGAAGCGGAAAGGGCAAGGCUGCUGAAGGGUGCUGUGAGAGGGAGAAAGGAGAGACUGAUGUAGAUGGGUUUAGACGCAUUACACGUCAACCGUCUGAUCCAUGGGGGGCUUUAAAGGUGAGGCUGGUGAAGCGCAUUAUACGGCACUCAUCAGAUGCGCUGGCGUCCCAGGCGAGGUGGGUCGCCUGUGGUGCAACGGGCGAAGAUUGGGAUGAAGUGGAGAGUGAUCGGCACUCGUGCAGACAGGGUAGUGAAGGCGGGGAGGAUGGUGAAGGCGGGGAAGGCGGGGAAGGUGGGGAAGGUGGGGAAGGCGGGGAGGAUGGUGAGAGAGGAGAGGGUGAAAGACUGGGCGGGGAUCUGGGGCAUGCGGCACAGGGUGGGGAGGAGGGGCGUGAGGGGAAGGGUGGGGAGAGGGGCAGUGGAGGAAGGGGUGGGGAGGGGGAGGUUGAAUGUCCGGAGACACAGCAGCAUUAUCUGAGGAGCAGGAAACGGAGGGAGGGAGGAGGAGAGAAAGGGAGAGGAGAGGAAGGGAGAGAAGAGGGAGGGAGAGGAGUGAAGCGAGGAGCGGGGCAGUGGGGGCAGCUUGGCAGGGCGAGGGGCCAUCGGGUGUGCCGCCAUGCCCCUCCUCAGCUGCUGUUUGGGCCUCCACCCUCUCGUGCUGAGGCACCUGCUGCUGCUGCUGCUGCUGCUGCUGCUGCCUCACCUGCCCCCUCUCUGCCCACACGUGACACAGGCGUUUCUCCUGCUCCACCUCACUCCUCCACAGUCCCUGCUCCCUCCCCUCCCCCACCCACUGCACUUGCUCCACCUACUCCUCCACCCGUCACUCUCUCCCUACCUGCCGCUCUCUCCCUACCUACCCCUCUCUCCCUAUCUGCCGCUCUCGGCACAAUCCUAGCUGCUGCUGGUAGCACAGCGCCUCCGGCCGCCGGCGUGACUCAGCAGGCCGACAGUACAGCUCAGCAGGCCAGCUGCGUGAGUCAGCUGGUCCGCUGUGUGACUCAGCGGGCCAACAGCUUGGCUCCCCAGGGGAGCAGGGUGUGUGAGGAGCAAACGAGUGCGGUGCUGCAGGGGUUUGGCUUGGUUCUCAUCACAGCCGAAGCAGCUGCAGCCCAGACACCCACCCACCCCUCGCCUGCGCAGCCAUCCUCUCACCCCUCGCCUGUCUGUUUUGCAGCUCAGCCAUUCUCUGCGCUUGGAGCGCCUGCGCACCCAACGCCUCCUUUCCAGUCCACUCAGCCCUCUCCCGCUCAACCUACCUCUCAGCCCUCCCCUGCCCAGCCAACUGGCCAGCCCUCUGGUGUCCAUUCCACGGCUCCACCACUGCCUGCUGUGCCACCACUCGUACUGGAACCCGCUUCUGUUCCCGCCCAGCAAACCGCUCACCCCUCCCCUGCCUGGCCAACCGCCCAGCCCUCUGGUGUCCAUUCCACGGCUCCACCACUGCCUGCUGUGCCACCACUCGUACUGGAACCCGCUUCUGUUCCCGCCCAGCAAACCGCUCACCCCUCGCCUGCCCAACCACCUACUGCUGAGCCCUCUCGUGCCCGUUCCGCAGCUGAACCGCUGCCUGACCAGCCACGACUCGUUCUCGAGCCCUCUCCUGGUCCCUCUCGCAGCCUUUAUCCAACCACACUUGAUGCAUCGCUCCCCACCCAAGCUUCGCCCCCAAAUCAAGACCCGCCCCCCAUUCAAGACCUCCCCCCCGUGCAGUACCCGGUCUCCACGCACGAAUCUCCCCGCACCCAGCCCUUUCCUUCUGUGGAUCUCCCUCCAAGUUCUCAGCACAUCUCCCCUUCUAAUGCGCCUGCAACUGCCCCUGCAACUGUCCCCGCAGCUGCUCCAACUGCCCCUGUGACUGCCGCUGCGAUUCCCCUUGGUUUUAUGGAGGCAAGCAGGCAGAUGCUGCAGGCACAGGGGGAGCAUGCGUCGAUUUCUGGAGAAGGGGAGCGAGGGGAGUGUUGGGAAGGGACGGAGAGGGAGGUGGGAGAGGAAGCAGAGAGAAGGGCAGGAGGCGAGGACGGGGGAAUGGAGGAGAGGAGUAAAGGGGAGGAAGAGGGUGCAAGAGGGGAGGAGCAAGGGGGAGAGGGUGCAAGGAGUGUGCAAGAGGAGGGAGAUGGUGCAAGGAGGGAGCAAGGAAAAAGAGAGGAGCGGAUACACUUGCGAGAGAAUGAGCAGAUGCAAGGGGAGGGGCCGAUGUGGAAUGAAGGGCAGACACGGAGUGAGGGGCAGCAAGAGCAAGGGAGGGAGGGUGCAGAGCAGAGAGAGGAGCGACGUGUGCAAGGAGGGGUGGAGGAGCAAAGGGUGGAGGAGCAAAGGGUGCUGGGAAGAAUGGAGGGGGGAGGGGUGGAGGGAAGAGUGGGGGGGCGAAGGUUGAGGAGAAGAGGGGCAGGGGAAGGGGUGGAGAGAAGAGUGGGGAGGGGAGAGGUGCGGAGACGAGUAGAGGAGCAAGGGGUGCAGAGACGAGUGGUGGGACGAGGUGUGACUGGAAGAGUGGCAGGAGGGGAGCAGGGACGAGUGGAGGGGGGAGGGGUGCAAGGCAGGGAGAGGACGGGGAGGCAGCAGAGGGUGGUGAUUGAGCUGUCAGAUAGUGAUGAGGAGGAGGAUGCCCUUGGUGGCAGCUCUUUCACUGAUGCUGCUGCUGAUGCUGUGCUGCUGCUGGUACGGGUGCGACUGUACAAUGCUGGCGCUCCUAGCUCUGCUCCUGCUGCUCCUACCUGCUGCUUCCUGCUUGCCUCCUGCUGCUCCUGCCUUCCUGCUGCUCCCUGCUCCUGCUGCUCCUGCCUGCUCCUGCUGCCUCCUGCUGCUCCUGCUGCUCCUGCUGCUCCUGCUGCUCCUGCUGCUCCUGCUGCUCCUGCUGCUCCUGCUGCUCCUGCUGCUCCUGCUGCUCCUGCUGCUCCUGCUGCUCCUGCUGCUCCUGCUGCUCCUGCUGCUCCUGCUGCUCCUGCUGCUCCUGCUGCUCCUGCUGCUCCUGCUGCUCCUGCUGCUCCUGCUGCUCCUGCUGCUCCUGCUGCUCCUGCUGCUCCUGCUGCUCCUGCUGCUCCUGCUGCUCCUGCUGCUCCUGCUGCUCCUGCUGCUCCUGCUGCUCCUGCUGCUCCUGCUGCUCCUGCUGCUCCUGCUGCUCCUGCUGCUCCUGCUGCUCCUGCUGCUCCUGCUGCUCCUGCUGCUCCUGCUGCUCCUGCUGCUCCUGCUGCUCCUGCUGCUCCUGCUGCUCCUGCUGCUCCUGCUGCUCCUGCUGCUCCUGCUGCUCCUGCUGCUCCUGCUGCUCCUGCUGCUCCUGCUGCUCCUGCUGCUCCUGCUGCUCCUGCUGCUCCUGCUGCUCCUGCUGCUCCUGCUGCUCCUGCUGCUCCUGCUGCUCCUGCUGCUCCUGCUGCUCCUGCUGCUCCUGCUGCUCCUGCUGCUCCUGCUGCUCCUGCUGCUCCUGCUGCUCCUGCUGCUCCUGCUGCUCCUGCUGCUCCUGCUGCUCCUGCUGCUCCUGCUGCUCCUGCUGCUCCUGCUGCUCCUGCUGCUCCUGCUGCUCCUGCUGCUCCUGCUGCUCCUGCUGCUCCUGCUGCUCCUGCUGCUCCUGCUGCUCCUGCUGCUCCUGCUGCUCCUGCUGCUCCUGCUGCUGCUGCUGCUGCUGCUGCUGCUGCUGCUGCUGCUGCUGCUGCUGCUGCAGGGGGUGUCGAGUUGAGAGGCGAGCGUUUAGAGGGCCAGGGAGAGAACGAUGACGAGUGGGCCGCCACUCGUGCUGCUGCUGUUGCCGCCGCUGUCGCUGGCGUUGCUGCUGCUGCCGCUGCUGCUGCUGCUGGCAUUGCUGCUGCUGCUGGCAUUGCUGCUGGUGCUGGUCGGGUUGGAAGCGGUUGUGAGGGACAGAUGGUCUGGAAGCGACAACAGGGGAUGGAAGAGCACGGUUUUAGCCUAGGUGGUGGUGGUGGGUUGGGAGGGACGGUGAGAGAUGUGGGAGAGGAGGCGAGGAAUGGAGGGGAUGGAGAGAGGGAGAAAGAGAGGGAGAGGGAGAGUACGCAAGAAAGGGAGGAGAUGAGGGGGGAAGGGAGGGAAGAGAGGAGGGAAGAGAGGAGGGAAGCGAGGAGGGAAGAGAGGAAGAAAGAGAGGAGGGAAGAGAGGAGGGAAGAGAGGACAGAAGAGAGGGAAGGGAGGAGGGAUGAGAGGAGGGAAUUGAGAGAGGAGAGGAGGGAAGAGAGGGGGGAAGAGAGGACGGAGGAGAGGGAAAGGAGGAGGGAAGUGAGAGAAGAGAGGAGCGAAGAGAGGAGGGAAGAAGUUGUGAGGCUGAGAGAGGUGACUGAGAGUAUGGAAUUGGAGGAAGGGGAGGUGGUAGAAGAGGGGGAGGAGGUGGAGGAAGGGGAGGAGGUGGAGGAAGGGGAGGUAUUAGAAGAGGGGGAGGAAGUGGAGGAAGGGGAGGAUGUGGAUGGAGGGGAGGAGGAAGAGGAGGAAAGGAUUGUUGGGUGCAGAGGGUGCAUGGUAGUGAGCGAGAGGGGAGGCGGUGUGGGUGGAAUGAGUGGGGCACGUGCGGGGGAAGGGAGGACCCCCCGUGAGGCACCCUUAGCAGCGGAUCCCAACGCGGUGCGUGGAGAGGCGCACAGGGGAGGGCUCGUGAGCAUGUCCAUCCCCAUGCCUGUGGGUGGAGAGAUGCAAUCGAGAGGGGGCAUGGUCACGGGCAUGCCUAUGCCCAUGCCCAUGCCCAUGCCCAUGCUUGUGGGUGGAGAGACACAAACGAGAGGGGGCAUGGGCAUGGGUGGAGAGGCACGCAGGGGAAGGCUGCUGGGCAUGCCUGUGGGUGCCUCUCAUGUGAUUGUUCUGUCUGAUGAUGAGGAAGAGGCAGGCCAGGGGGAGGCGAGUCCGAGGGAGAGGGGCCGGGUGGAGGAGGGUCGGGCGGAGGAGGUUCGGGUGGAGGAGGAGGGAGAAGAGGAGGAGGGCAGAGGGAAAAGGGGAUGCUUUGAAAGGGAAGAGGGGGAGAGUGGGGCGAGGCUAGUGGGGGAGAAAGAGGCAGCUGGGAUGGUGGGAGGCGAUGCAGAGGAGUGGACUGAGGGGGUGCAGGAGGGGGAAAGGAGGAGUGGUUGGAGAUGUGGGCAUUUUGGAAAGGAAGAUGGGGAGGAACAUUCCGAAGGAGAUCCAGAUGCGGGGAUGGAAGUGGAGGGAGGCAGAGUGAGGACGAGUGAGUGUGAGAUGCGGCCAGGUGAAGUGGGGAAGAGGGAGGUGCUUCAGCAGGGAAAGAAGGGCGAGGAGAGGGAGGAGGGGGGGGAGGAUAGGGAGGAGGGGGUGCAAGGAGAGGAGGAAGAGGGUGCACAAGGAGAGGAGAAGGAGGAGGGAGAUCAGGGCGAGAAAGGGGGGAAGGAGGGGCAGGGAGUGCAGAGAGUGCAGGGGGAGGAGAGGGAGCAGGGCGGGAAGAGUGAGGAGAAAGAAAAGAAGCUGAAGGAGGACGUGGAGGGGAGGCGAGAGGAUGAGAGGGUUGAGGUCUGGCAUGGGAAGGAGGUGAUUGUGCUGGAUGAUAGUGAUGAGGAGGACCAUAACGAGCGUGCUAAUAACGAAGAUGAGUCAAACAAGGGACGUAAUGAGAUGGGAGAUGGGGAGAGUGAGAGGGAUGGGGUGAGUAGGAUGGGAGGAGCGAGGCAGGGGCAAGGGGAUGGGGAGAGUGGGGGCAGUGAGUGUGAGGGAGGGGCUGAGAAAGUACGAGGGAGAGAGUGUGGUGGGGAGGAGGAUUCAGAAUUAGAGGAAGGGGAAGUUCGAGAGGAGGAGGGGGAUGAGGAGGAUGGGUGUAAUGAUCUGGGAGAGGGGAGAGGGAGAAGUGAGAGGGAAGGGGAGAUAGGGAACAAUGCUGGGUAUGAUAAGGAGGGUGGGGAGGUGAGGCGUUAUCAAGAGGAUGAGGAAAUGAAGGAAAAGGAGAGGAAGGAAGAGGAGAGGAUGGAAGAGGAGAGAAUGGAAGAGGAGAGGAAGGAAAAGGAGAGGAAGGAAGAGGAGAGGGCGGAAGAGGAGAGGAAGGAAGAAGAGAGAAAGGAAGAGGAGAGGAAGGAAAAGGAGAGGAAGGAAGAGGAGAGGAAGGAAGAAGAGAGAAAGGAAGAGGAGAGGAAGGAAGAGGAGAGGAAGGAAGAGGAGAGGAAGGAAGAGGAGAGGAAGGAAGAGGGGCGGCAGGGAAUAAAUCAGGUGACAAGAGAGGAGGAAGGGAACAAGGAGGAAAGGAGUGGGAAGGUGCCAGAGGAAGGUGAUGCAGUGGAAGCAGGAGGUGGGGAGAGACCGGUGGGGCUGGGGCGUGCGUGGGGCUUACUUGCUGCUCGUAGCAUCAUUCCUCAUCACCCCCAUGGCCCAUGCCGAGAGGGCGGGGCCGUGGAGGUGAGCUUUGGGUCGGUUCAGACACCACCAAAUGCAGAGCAGUGCUUGCCUGUGGAUGAACGAGAUGAGGUGGUGUGCUCUGCCCCAUAUGUGAAAGAGGGCAGGGGCGUGGAGGGGGGCUUUGGGUCGGCUCAGACACCACCAAAUGCAGAGCAGUGCUUGCCUGUGGAUGAGCACGAGGUGGUGUGCUCUGAUCCGUGUGCGGGAGAGAGUAAUGGCGUGGAGGGAGGCGGGGCGCGGAAGAGGAAGAGAGAUGUGCUGCAGGGAGAGAUGGAAGAGGGGCAAGUGGGGCGGGAGGGGCAGGAGGAGGAGGAGGAGGAGCAGGCGGAGCAGGAGGAGCAGGAGGAGCAGGAGGAGCAGGAGGAGGAGGAGCAGGAGGGGCAGGAGGAGCAACAGGAGGAGCAGCACGAGGGGCAGCAGGAGGAGCAGCAGGAGGAGAAGCAGGAGGAGCAGCACGAGGGGCAGCAGGAGCAGCAGGAGGAGCACGAAGAAGGCAGGUGCAGCGAGGAAGGCCCAGCGGAGAUGCAGGGAGAGGCGAAAAUGAGAGGCGAGGAGGGGCUUGUAGGCCUAGGGGAGAAAAUGGAGGAUGAAGCUAAGGGGGAGGAUGCAAGGGAAGAUGUUGAUAAGGAAGCCACUGGACUUACUGAAGCCACAAGGACCGCAACAAACACGACAGCCACAACAGCCGCAACAGCUGCAACAGACACAGCAGCUGCAACAGACACAGCAGCUGCAACAGCCACAAGAGGCAUAGAUGUGCUUCUCCCGUCUGCCCUCCCCAUUGCAUCUCCUCGCCUCCAUCCCUCUGCUUCACCUGCACCACUCGUUCCCAUCCCACCCACAUCAACCUUACCUCAGCCUCCCCCCGCCUCCUCCUCCCCACCUGUUGCCUCAACCCCUGUUGCUCCUGCCACCUCUGCUCCCUCCUCUUCUGCUCCCUCCUCCUCCGCCCCCUCCUCCUCUGCUCCCUCCUCCUCUGCUCCCUCCUCCUCCGCCCCCUCCUCCUCUGCUCCCUCCUUCUCUGCCCCUUCCGCUGAUCCCGCUUCUCCCACUCCUUCAACCCGCACUGCUCCUCUCCCCUCUCCCCCUGCUGCUCCCUCUCCCCCUCCUCCUGCCAGUGCAUCAGCACAGAAUCAGCGGGUUGAAACGCACAGACAGAAGCAGCCAUCUCAGCAGCAGCAGCAGCAGCAGCAGCAGCAGCAGCUUUUGCUUCAGCAGCAGCGGAUUCAGCAGCAGGUGCGAGAUCAGCAGAGGCAGAGUGACAGGAAGAGAGUGAGGAGAGAUGAAACGUUUGCCAAGGAAAGGGAGGCACUGGGAGCAAAGGGCGCUGUGCCGGCAUAUAUAAUCAACAUGUGGAUGGCCCUCAACCAACGCAAGGUCACUGAUGCUGCUGCUGAUGGGCCGAGUGGGGGAAAGAGUGAUGGUAGUGGUGAUAGGGAUUCUGAUGAUAAUUCAGGAGCGAAUGAUGGGACAGAUACUGAUGAUGACGAUGAUGGUAGUGAUGGGGACAGUGAUGGCUCUGACAAGGAGAGUGAUGAGGAGGAGGAAGAUGUGGAGAGGGAGGAGGGGCGGUCAGGCCAUCCCAUGGGGCCAUACGAUGUGAGGAGGCACGGUGUGUGUCGGUACGACGGGGGGCGGCAUGUGGUGGAGGAGGAUGCGAUGGAGGGGGAGGUGUGUGCCAAGUGCGGCAUCGUCCUGAGGAGCGCCCACGAGCUGUCGCUGGUGAGUUGUGCAAUGAUCCAGCAGGCAAUGCAGACGGUGAGGGAAGGAGCAGAAGGAGCAGGCAGCGCACGUGUCAUCUCCCGUGUCUCUCCCGUUCCUCUCCCGUGCGUGUCUCUCCUGUUCCUCUCCCGCGACGAACCAGCCCUCCCCAAGGGUUGUGACGAGCAAAAGGCGGCCCCACCUCGCCCCAAUGCAGCUGCAGGUGCAUGCAGCAGGCCGGCGGGCCAUGCGAUGGAAGCUGCCCUGGCAGUGUUCUUUGCGAGAAGCGCAAGGGGCAGGCAGAAUGCGCGCCCAUCUCAACUCCCAUCCCUCCCGCUUCUCCCGUUUCUCUUGCUCCCCACUCGUCCACAGGUCCCGAACCGGCCCUCCCCAGGGGCAGUGGUGACCAUCAGGCGGCCCCUCCUCAACCCGAUGCAGCUGCAGUCACAGCAGGCCAUGCGAGCCAUGGAGGCUGCAGAGGCUGAGUGGCAUCGGGAGGAGCAGCAGCGCCAGCAGGCAGCGCACACACUUAUCUUCACUCCCAUGCUCCCCAGUUCCUCCUGUUUCUCCCAUUUUCCCCAUAUCUCCCGUUUCUCCGUAUCUGUUCCACAGGUCCCGAACCGGCCCUCCCCAGGGGCAGUGGUGAGCAUCAGGCCGCACCUCACCCCGAUGCAGCUGCAGGCGCAGCAGGCGAUGCGAGCCAUGGAAGCAGCAGAGGCUGAGUGGCGUCGGGAGGAGCAGCAGCGCGAACAGGCAGCGCAGCGGGAGCGGGAGCGGCAGCGGCUGCAGGCGGAGCGGGAGAGGGAGCUUGAGCGGCGGCAGCAGCUGCUGGGGGAGAUCGGGGUGGAGCAUGAUUGCUGGCCGUCGGAUUUCCUCCGGAGGAGGAUGCAGAGCCAUCAGAUUGCUGCGUUUCGAUUCAUCUGGCACCACCUGGUGGCUGGGGGCGGGGGAAGGCCAGGGGAAGGGCGAAGGGGGGCAGGGGGAGGAGACGGGAAAUCACAGGAGAGGGAAGUAGGGGGGUGCAUUUUGGCGCAUGCCCCUGGCACGGGCAAGACACUGACCACCAUCGCCUUCAUCGAGAAGCUUCUCUCCCUGCACCACCACAGCCGCGAUCGCCCUCAUUUAACACCAGGGCAUCUCAGCGGCAGUGCAAGCAGCACCCCGCCGCGCAUCCUGAUCGUGACGGAGCUCUCCAUAGUGGAUGCGUGGUGGGCCGAGUUCCACAAGUGGAUCACCUCCCGCUCCCAGCGCGCCGUCAUCCCCUCCCUCAAAGUCCUUGAGGGCGGCGCCGCAGGGGGCAUUCGCGAGGCGGAGAGGGUGGCCAAGGCGUGGGCUGCUAAGGGAGGCGUGCUGAUUGCCACUUAUGGGUUCCUGGAAGGCGUGAUUGAGAAGCGGGGAGUAGGGGGGGCGGGAAGGGCAGGCGGGGUGGCGGGGUUGGGUUCGCAGGGGCGGGAGGAGGGGGUUUGGGCGAGGGGUGAGGUGAGACGGAUGGUGGUGGAGGAGACAGAUGUGUUGAUAUGCGACGAGGGCCAUCGGAUCAAAUCGCCCUCCACCAUCUCACACCGGUCCCUUCAUGUCUUCGUUGCCCUUCCUCCUCCCCCACCAGGCCUUGGACCAGCUGCACACGAGGAGGAGGGUGCUUCUGACCGGGACGCCGCUGCAGAACUCCACGCUCGAGCUGCCUUGGAUCGCCUGCACACUGGAAGGAGGGUGCUGCUGACAGGCACGCCGCUGCAGAACUCGACUCUCGAGCUGUGGGACCUGGCAUGCUUCGUGCACCGCCCCUCUCUCUUGCUCCCCUUCCCAACUCCCCUUCCCACCACUCUUCUCCCCCACCAGGCCUUGGAUCGCCUGCACACUGGAAGGAGGGUGCUGCUAACAGGCACGCCGCUGCAGAACUCAACUCUCGAGCUGUGGGAUCUGGCAUGCUUCGUUCACCGCCCCCGCAUGCACCAAGCUGUGCUGGGGACGGGGGUGGGGGGAGGGGAGGGCGGAGGGAAGGGUAGGAGGAGGAGCGUGCAAAAGAGGGGGAGCGAGGAGGAAAGUGGAGGCGAGGGGGAGAACGUGGUAGGGAUGGAGGAGGAGGAUGAUAGCGGUGAGGGGGAGGAAAAGGAGGAAGAUGAGGAAGAGGAGGAAGAGGAGGAAGAGGAUGAGAUGGAGGAGGGGGGUGCGUAUUUGAGCAAGAGGGAGAGGAGGGAGUGGCGGAGAGCACGGGCCGAGUUUGUUCGGAUCUUUGAUGUUCCUCUCAAAAAGACAGGGAGAAAGGGGGGGAGGAGGAGGAAGGAGCGAAAGGGCAAGAGACGGUGGCAAGACGAGGAGGAGGAGCAGGAGGAGCAGGAGGAGGAGAACGAUUUGGGGAUUAUGGAAGAGGAGGAGGCAGAGGGCAGCGGUGAGUGUGAGGGGGUGGAAGCAGAGGAGUUCCCGCUGGCCAAGGUGCAGCGGCUGAAGGCGCUCAUGUUUGACCUCGUGCAGACUGAUGGCAACGUGCUGCAGGGCAAGCUGCGAGACCUGGUGGACGUGACGCUGCUGCUGCACCCCACGCCUCUCCAGCUCGCCAUCCUGCGCGCCUUCUACUCCGCGACUGCCAUGCUCGCCAUGCGCCACUUUCACCCACCACCACCACCAGCACCAGCAGCAGCAGCAGCAGCAGCAGGGCGUGGAGGAAAUUCCCCGGGUGGUAAGCCGAGUGCCGCUGCUGCUAGGGGGAUCAAAUUGGGUGACGAGUCGAACAAAGGGGUUGCUGCUCAGGGCGAGUUGCGGUGUCUGGAGCGGAACAGCGAUGCUCUGAGUCCUGCAUGGGCGGCGAUGGAGGAGCAGCAGGCCGUGCAGCUGUCCCCCAAGCUGGCGGCGGUGGUGGCGAUCGUGCGGGCGGCGGUGCGCAUGGGAGAGAAGGUGGUGGUGUUUGCCGAGGAGCACGUUCACCUGGACCUCGUGGUGGGGUCGCUGUGCCAUGCCAU